AUGUCUAAAUGUUAUUGUAGUUUACCUCAUCCUUCUGACUGCACUGAAUGCCUUCCUCCUUUACAAAGGUACAUCAACCAUUGGUUGGUUUCAUGACCAAAAUGGUUCAAACAUGUUUGUCUAAUGUUGUAAAUGAGAAACCGGAUUUUCCAUGAUAUCCUGAACUGCAUUAACACAUUACUUCCUGUAUUAGUAAUGCUUUGUGUCUCUUUAUGUGCAGCUCUGCCCCUGUGUUUUCAAUUAAGUCUAGUAGUCUCUCCUCCUCUGGCUCCAGGACAGCCAAGCUGACUGACAAUCACAUCCCCCUGGGGACGGACCAGGAGGAGGAGCUCCGUACCCUUGCCAGAAACACCAGCCUGGAGACAACACAAGAGUGUAUUGGUGGUAAUAAUGAGGUUUUGUUGUAUUGCAGCUCCACCAGGCCCACAGGGACCUAUUGGUAAGUUCCCUCAUCCUUAGUGCCAAAUCAACAACCACAGAAGAGAGGAAGAGAGGUAUAAAUGCCCCUUACACCACAAGCUUGUAAUUCACAUGUUAUUUGACGGUGUGGUUUCCCUAGGUCCACCUGGUGCGAGGGGAGUACCUGGUGAGAGGGCAGACAAGGGAGAAACGGGUGAGUCAACCUAAAGCACUACAUUGCUCCAUUGUAGUGGCAUCACUGCGUCACUGCAACAGCCAAUGUUAGAUCAGCACCAAACUAUUCUCAACAAAAAUAAUAACACAACAUGUAAAGUGUUGGUUUCAUAAGCUGAAAUAAAAGAUCACUGAACAUUUCCAUAUGCACAAAAAGCUUAUUUCAAAAUAAUUCUGUGCACAAAUUUGUUUGCAUCCCUGUUAGUGAGCAUUUCUCCUUUGCCAAGACAGGUGUGGCAUAUCAAGAAGUUGAUUAAACAGCAUCAUCAUUACACAGGUGCACCUUGUCCUGGGGACAAUAAAAGGCCACUCUAAAAUGUGCAGUUUUGUCACACAACGCAAUGCCACAGAUGUCUCAAGUUUUGAGGGAGCGUGCAAUUGGCAUGCUGACUGCAGGAAUGUCAGAGCUGUUGCCAGAUAAUUGAAUUUUAAUUUCUCUACCAUGAGCCCAGGCGGCAAAUUUAGAGAAUUUGGCAGUAUGUUCAACCAGCCUCACAACCGGAGAUUACGUGUAACCACACCAGCCCAGGACCUCCACAUCUGGCUUCUUCACCUGCAGGAUCGUCUGAGACCAGCCAUCCGGACAGCUGAUGAAACUGUGGGUUUGCACAACUGAAGAAUUUCUGCACAAACUGUGAGAAACCGUCUCAGGGAAGCUCAUCUGCAUGCUCAUCAUCAUUACCAGGGUCUUGCCCUGACUGCAGUUCGGCGUCGUAACCAACUUCAGUGGGCAAAUGCUCACCUUCGAUGGCCACUGGCACGCUGGAGAAGUGUGCACUUCACGGAUGAAUCCCGGUUUCAACUGUACCGGGCAGAUGGCGUCGUGUCGGCGAGCGGUUUGCUGAUGUCAACGUUGUGAACAGAGUGCCCCAUGUUGGCAGUGGGGUUAUGGUAUGGGCAGGCAUAAGCUACGGACAACAAACACAAUUGCAUUUUAUCGAUGGCAAUUUGAAUGCAGAAACUGUAGAUACCGUGACGAGAUCCUGAGGCCCAUUGUCGUGCCAUUCAUCCGCCGCCAUCACCUCUUGUUUCAGCAUGAUAAUGCACGGCCCCAUGUCUCAAGGAUCUGUACACAAUUCUUGGAAGCUGAAAAUGUCCCAGUUCUUCCAUGGCCUGCAUACUCACCAGACAUGUCACCCAUUGAGCAUUUUUGGGAUGCUCUGGAUUGACGUGUACGACAGCGUGUUCCAGUUCCUGCCAAUAUCCAGCAACUUCGCACAGCCUUUGAAGAGGAGUUGGACAACAUUUCACAAUCCACAAUCAACAGCCUGAACAACUAUGCGAAGGAGAUGUGUCGCACUGCAUGAAGCAAAUGGUAGUCACACCAGAUACUUACUGGUUUUCUGAUCCACGUCCCUACCUUUUUUUUAAAGGUAUGUGACCAACAGAUGCAUAUCUGUAUUCCCAGUCAUGUGAAAUCCAUAGAUUAGGGCCUAAUUUAUUUAUUUCAAUUGACUGAUUUCCUUAUAUGAACUGUAAUUCAGUAAAAUAUUUUAAAUUGUUGCAUGUUGCGUUUAUAUUUUUGUUCAGUGUAGCUCUGUAGCAUUAGCAUUCAGCUGCUCGUCUGUCCAGUAAUGAUCUGUGCACUGAUGGCCUGUCAUCUCCAGUCAGGGGCAGAGGAAGUGGAGAAUGCCUCUCUGUUUCAUAAUAACUCACUGUUUAGUCAAUGCAUUGACAUUUACCCCUGUAUGAAGUCUCAAUCAGGGAUGGACUUUCACACAAGCUAACAGAUUACCCUGCGAGUCUGAGUCAGGCGUUUUUCAAUAGGUCGUCCUACCAAAAUGCCAUCCUUCGUCACACUAUACACUGAAUUGUACAAAAUAUUAGGAACACCUUCCGAAUAUUGAGUUGCACCCCCUUUUGCCCUCAUAACAGCCUCAAUUCGCCGGGACAUGGACUCUAAAAGGUGUCGAAAGCGUUCCACAGGGAUGGUGGCCGGUGUUGACUCCAAUGCUUCCCUCAGUUGUGUCAAGAUGGCUUGAUGUCCUUUGGGUGGUGGACCAUUCUUGAUGCACACAGGAAACUUUUGAGAGUGAAAAACCCAGCAGCGUUGCAGUUCUUGGCACACUCAAACCAGUGCACCUGGCACAUACUACCAUACCCCGUUCAAAGGCACUUAAAUAUUUUGUCUUGCCCAUUCACCCUCUGAAUGGCACACAUACACAAUCCAUGUCUCAAUUGUCUCAAGGCUUAGAAAUCCUUCUGUAACCUGUCUCCUCCCUUUCAUCUACACUGAUUGAAGUGGAUUUAACAGGUGACAUCAAUAAGGGAGCAUAGCUUUUACCUGGAUUCACCUGGUCAGUCUAUGUCAUGGAAAGAGCCGGUGUUCCUAAUGUUUUGUAUACUCAGUGUAGAAUGGAUACUAACCACAGGAGGUUGGUGGCACCUUAAUUGGGGAUGAUGGGCUCGUGGUAAUGGCUGAAGUGGAAUGGUAUUAAAUACAUUCCAUUUGCUUCGUUCCAGCCAUCAUAAUGAGCCGUCCUCCCCUCAGCAGCCUCCUGUGAUGCUAAGUACCCCCGUUUAGUAAGCAGGCAGCAUCACUGCCUUUUUUCGAGGCAAUUAUUGUUUUUCUCAUAAUAACAUAAACCAUCAAAAAGAAAUGUAUACAGACCUUUCUCUGUCAAGUGAACCUUUUGUGGAAAGGGUUCUACAUGGAACCCAAAAGGGUUCUACCCUGGAAUCAAGAUGUGUUCUUCAAAGGGUUCUCCUAUGGGGACAGAUGAAGAGCCCUUUUAGGUUCUAGAUAGCCCCUUUUUUUCUAAGAGUGUAGAUAGCACAGGAGGCUGCUGAGGGGAGGACGGCUCAUAAUAAUAGCCGGAACGGCGCUAAUGGAAUGGCAUGAAACACAUGGGAACCAUGUGUUUGAUUUAUUUGAUACCAUUCCAUGUGUUCCACUCCAGCCAUUACCACGAGCCUGUCCGCCCCAAUUAAGGUGCCACCAACCUCCUGUCAAGAGGGUUACUGUGUUGCAGGUGAGACAGUAGAUAGCGAGAGGGUUACUGUGUUCCAGGUGAGACAGGACAAAAAGGAGACCCUGGAGUUGAUGGCCAGACUGGAGCCAAGGGAGAAGCAGGGGAACCAGGACCCAAAGGUGAUUCACCUUACUCCUACUGACCCCAAACCUUAAGAUCAAUCUAAACCCCAGUAGGAAAUGUGACAUUAUUGGAACACCAGGUAGGUCCAGUAUUACUAACAUAGAACCAGUCCAGUAGUACUAACAUGGGAUAAAACUCAAGCAGUAGAGUUGUGGAGAACAUGGUGGAUAAGUUGACUGUUUACCAUGGCAAUUACCCAUGUAUCAACACUAACUUCAGUCAGCUCCCUGGUGGACAGGUAGGACCGUGGUAUUAGUGUGCUUUUUUAGUCUGAGAGAAAGAGGCUAGAUUAAUUAUUGACAGUGUCACAUGGGUCAGUUCUGCAGGUGGAGCUGGGUGAUUAAGUGUUAGGGACUCUGAAUAUUACCCCCUCUCUCCCCCUCUCUCACCCCAUCCGUCACAGAGGAAACGUGAGUCGUGUACUUGAUGUCCCACAGCCAGUCCAAAUAAAGUAUGUCUUGAUUCAUAUUUGAUUGGCUGAACUUGCUGUUAAUGCAUUUAAAAAUAGUGUAGGAUGGAUGGUUAAAACCGCUGCUGCUGCUGCCCAGGCAGAUACUAUUCUUUCUCUCCAUGAAAGGACGUUGAUAUUUUUACUUCAUUGUCCUCACUGUUAAUAGGCUGGUGAGCACAAGGCCGUAUUCUCUUACACCCUGGAAUAGGUAGGAGAUGGACUCAAACUCCCCUUUUUGGUUAACAGAGUCAUUGUUAUGAUGAGUUUCUCGGGUAUCAAAGAAUCAAGGAUGCAAGGAUAUACUUAGACACUUUGUAGACAGUUAAUGCAAAUGUUUAAUGAUCGGUACCGGGUUCGUUACAGCAAUGACCAGAGCUUUGCCCCUUGGUGUUACGAACUAACUUGAACAAAGAAGACACUCUACCUUAUCUACCCUUUAUUACCCUCUUCCUGGCAUACAUCUGGCAAGUCUCCAUGGGCACUCCCUGUCUUUGAUGUUCAUCACUCUUUACCCCAAGUCACUAUCCUACCCAUCACUUAUGCUAUCCUAAACAUCAGUAAUCUCCUUUGACAUAAUGGAAUGUAGACUUUCUGUCACCUAACCACUUAUCUAGUAACUCUAACCUAUUCCCCACGAUACUAUGACAUGACAUCAUUAUACCAUAAAAACAACAUAUCAGUCAUAAAUAUAAAUAUUCCCUCAUCAUGACUGGCUCAAAUGUUGUAACAUUUCCAGGCAUAGUUCCACAUUUCAGCCUUCUCAGUUUCUGUUCUUGUUGUCACAGUAAUAUACAGAAACAACAUAUGUAGGAUCUUCAUUUGAGCCAGUAUACUACAGAAGGAAAUUAAUCCUACAGCAACAGGAAAUGGGGUUGAUAAAUUUUUCUGAAAUUCUAAAGUGGAAAUUACAACCUUUAGAAGCCUUUUAAAACCUUGAAUACACUACAAGUUUGCAUUUCGUGCUGUGCAGGAAAAUUCUCAGCAACAAAAGAGUGAUCAAAUUAAGAUCCUACAUCUGUAUAUCACCAGAUCAUCAUUGUGAAUUCUGUCCAUUUUAGUUCCUCUGAAUUUAAAUUAAAAGUGCUGAGUUGAAUGCAUUCAGAACUGGAAAUAAAGCUAGUUUAGUUUACUUGCUUCACUCAUAUACAGUCUUUUUUUUUCUUCUUAUCACACAUACAGUACAGCUGUAGGAUCUUAAUUUGAGCCAGUUGGCUACAGCAGGAAAAUAAUCCUGCAGCAACAGGAAAUGUGAAUUAUUAUGUGGAUUAUAAUUAAUGGACAUUCUUUUAGGGGUUGAUACAUUAUUCGUUACGGCUGAAAUUUCAAGGUGGAAAUGACAAUGUAGAAGCCUUUUUUUAAACUCAAAUACACUACAAGUUUGCAUUUCCUGCUGUCAGGAAAAUCUGCAGCAAUAAAAGAGUGAUCAAAUUAAGAUCCUACAUCUGUAAUACAGUAGUGAUGUUAAAUGUUAGGUGUAAUAUUGUGUCAUGUGUAUGUAUGGGAUUCUCUUCAGUGGAUAUUGUGUGCAGUGUGUGUGCGUGUGUAUACAUUUACAUUUACGUCAUUUAGCAGACGCUCUUAUCCAGAGCGACUUACAGUUAGUGCAUACAUUAUUUUUUUUCAUACCCCCUGUGGGAAACGAACCCACAACCCUGGCGUUGCAAACGCCAUGCUCUAUCAACUGAGCUACAUCCCUGCCAGCCAUUCCCUCCCCUACCCUGGACGACGCUGGGCCAAUUGCGCGCCGCCCCAUGGGUCUAUAUAUACAGUAUCUCUGAUUAUGUGUGUCAUACGUACAGGCGGUGCAGCUAUUAACUGUUCAGGAACCCCUGGGCUGCCAGGACUACAGAUACCAAAGGUGGAUAAGGGACACAUUGGUGAGUCUGCAUGGGCUUAACACUACACUCAUUUGUAGACCGUUUACUUUCUAAUACUCCAUACUUCACCUGCAUAUUUGAAGGGCUCACCUGUAAACUACCAAUUUUUUUGUACUAAACAAUUAACUGAACCUGGCCUCUAUUAUUUUCUGUUGCUGCCAUCUCUAACCUUUACCUUCCAACCUCUUCACAGGUUUACCAGGGAUACCAGGCCAGAAUGGGAUCAAAGGGGACACUGGUAAAUAACUGUUGGUGUUUGACUGUUUCACGCAGCCAAGCAUGAUUGUGCCUGUACAUGUUAGUGCAGGGCUCUCUAACCCUGUUCCCGGAGAGCUACCAUCCUGUAGGUUUUCAUUCCAACCCUAAUCUAACGUACCUGAUUCUAAUAGUUUGCUGGUUUAUAAGAUUAAUCAGGUUAGUUACAACAUGGGUUGAAGUGAAAACCUACAGGUGGGUAGCUCUCCAGGAACAGGGUUGGAGAGCCCUGUGUUAAUUGUGUGACUCUGUGAAUUUGUGCAGAUUUUUGCAUUUGCAUGUACUGUACACUAUAGCCUCCACAUUGUAGAGUGAGUGUGACAUAGUGUGCUGUGAAUCUGUUAGGAGCCCAGGGGAGUGAUGGUGUACAGGGGGCCCCUGGUUUGAAGGGUUACACAGGGCCGACAGGACAACCUGGACCCAUAGGACCUGAAGGUGAAUUUCACCCUGUCUCUGAGCUAUAGGACCCUCAUCGUCAUGUCCUUCAAACUGAUUACAGGAAUUACAAUUUUAUAUAUUAUCCUGCCGUAAAGUGUUAUUUUAAUCAUAUGAAGUGUCCUGUAUGACUUUUUGGAUAAUUCUGUGGUUCUUGUUCUUCUUCCGUAGGAAUGGAACAAGAGGACUUGUUGGUGUGUGUUUGUGUGUGGUUUUACUAUCCUUGUGGGGACCAGAAGUCCUCACAAGGAUAGUAAAACAAGGAAGAUUCGGACGUGGGGACAUUUCGCCGGUCCCCACAAGGAAAAAGGCUAUUUUAGGCUUAGGGGUUAGGUUUGAGGUUACAAUUAGGGUUAGGGAGAGAAUAAGGGUUAGGGUUAGGGAAAAUAGGAUUUUGAUUGGGAAUCAAUUGUUUGGUGCCCACAAGGAUAGUAAAACAAACGUGUGUGUUUAAUUUCAACCUCUUCAUGUCCUAGGAUUUCCAUGGUUGCCGGGAAGUCAUGGACUACUAGGUCCACGUGGAGAGAAGGGUGAAAGAGCAGCUGGACCAGGUGAGUGUGUGGAGCUGUGAAGUCACACAGACACACACACUCACUCAGCACUACACCUCACGCUAAUGCCAGGUUUCGCACAAUAUCCGGCCUAGACUCUCUCGUCUCUAAGACAUACUGUAUAUGUAAAUAUGAUAUGUAUUCAUUUACCUGAACAUUUAAGUGAAUAUUCAUUGGUCUAUGGGUCUAUAGAGAUCCUGUCUUGGUUGAGUUUUCUUUUGUUUCACACAUAUUAAUACAUUUCUCAUUGUUCAUUGUUGAAUCUCAUGGACUUGGCUUGUGGAUUGUGUUGUCAUCCUUUUAGGAAUCGGUAGGAUCUGGUUUGAUGACCUGCAAUGCACAGGCAGAGAGGCCAGUGUGUUUGACUGCCCUCACAACGGCAUGGGCAUCAACAACUGUCAACACAACGAGGACACUGGGGUGCAGUGUGUGUGA